AGCUUGUGUGUGUGUGUGUGUGUGUGUGUGUGUGUGUGUCCAGAACUACACAAUCCACCCUGCUCCUGUAAAUCAUAUUAAUGUCUGUGAAUUCCUGUCCUCUGGCGGACAAGAUGUGAGUGAAACGGAAAUCGAUAGGGGAGGAUCCUCGCGGGAGCAGGCUUUAUACAAUCUGUUAACCCUAGCGCUGCUCCUGUCCCAUGCGGGGACAUGGUUGAAGGACGGGAACACGUUUUUUCCCUACUAUAUUAGGGUACUAAUUUAUAAUUCUCAGCAAUAUCGAAAAAGAUCAGGAAAAGAGAAGUGAGAGGAACAUAAAAGUUUUCCAAAACGAGAGGACUGGGUGAACGGCAUAGGGCGACCGGGGCCAGGGCUCCUUGCUGAUCCGGUGUAAAUAUGACGUCUCUGUUCGGUUCUGCUCGCGCUCUGAACGUUGUUCUGAUCAAAGACAACCCGGGAUAAUAGAAAAAUACUCCAGGGACCUCAACACACACAAACACACACACACACACACACACACCACAGAGCGCGCGGCACAGCACAAACCAAUCCAGCAUGACAGCGCGAGCAGCAGCGGAGGAGCUCACCACAGACGGGCAACAGACCUCUUCAUCAGCAUGAGAUGAGGUCUAGAGACUUGUUAAUAAAGUUGUAUCGGUCAUUCAUUUAUCCAGCCACACUUCUACGGCGGCUCGGUCGGCACCUUCAGCAGAGGAGCACCAGAUAUAAAACAGAAUAAGACGCACGGUGCUGGGAACUACUGCACUUGUGAAAAGAAGACGCACGGUGCACUCCUGUCAGGGGAAAGUUGUGCGCAGCACCGGAGCUGGGGGAUACCUAUUUGGAAACGGACAGACGACGCACUGCGAGGACAACAAGCGGUGUUGUGUGUAUUGGAGUGUGUGUGUGUGUGUGUAGUUGGAGUGUGUAUUGUAGUGAGGGAGUGUGUGUGUGUGUAGUUGAAGCGCUUAAAAGGUGUUUCAUCCUGUAACACGCAGCAGCGAGAUCGGCUUCUGUUUCACCUGGAACCCGCGAGUCAACAACACAACUCAGGGUAGUGCGAGGUGACUCUGCGAGGGGGAAGGCGUGCCCCCCCCGGGGGGUAGGAGCGAUGAGCGCCCUGCGUAUCCCGGUCCUUCUGGCGCUGCUGGUCCUCCUGCUGACUGCUGGCUUCUGCAAACAGAGCUUCCUGGACGUGAGCAAAGGGGGGCAGACGGACGGACACAACCUCCUGGAGCUCAUCAUGGACAAGGUGCGUCUGACUCGGCAACAGGACGAGGUACACGUCCGUUACCCCGCCAAAAAACAGGAGUUCACCUUGGAGACCAAGGAGGGGAAUGAAGUGAACAAGUCUCACCAUGGAGAACACAUCAUAGAGGUGUUCCCCAGAGACCUGAGACAAAAAGAAAAGUUCCUCAAACACCUAACAGGUCCUCUAUUCUUUAACCCAAGGUGCAGGAAACACUUCUAUAGACUAUACCACAACACCAGAGACUGUACCAUCCCUGCCUACUAUAAGAGGUGUGCUCGUCUUCUCACCAGACUGGCAGGCAGUCAGAGGUGUACAGAGAGGUAGAAUACCCUGAACCCAUGAACGAGAGAAGUGCCUUGAAAAGCAACAGGGAAUUGAGAUUGUUGGUUACGUUCGCACCACAGACUGCCACUGUUUGCAGAGAGCUCACACAAUACUCUACUCUACAUUCUAAAUGGUGCAAAUGAAGAGACUUGUUGGACUGAAGAAAAUACAUCCUCAUAGUUCUACUGCCAAAAACCAUGACGACACAACACGUGGAUACUAGUUUGGAUACUAGUUUACGACACUUGGAUUAUAUUUUUCGUACAACAUGCCACUCUCUGGGACUGCUUCAGUGGUCAUCGACAUGCCUUCACGUUUUAAUUAGAGUUUUUAAUCAUUUUGCUUUUGGAUGACGGUUGGAGAUUGGACGGUGGUCUCUGAGCUGCGGUGGUUGUGUGUUGUGGGCAGUGGCUUCAGACUGAAAUAUAGACAGUAGUCUUGAUCUUCUCUUCAGCUACAUUCCACAAAAGUGAACUAAUCUAAUCCCUGAUGGAAUGACUGAUUGAUCGCCUGGUGAUAAUCUAAACCCUGAUGGAAUGACUGAUUGAUCGCCUGGUGAUAAUCUAAACCCUGAUGGAAUGACUGAUUGAUCGCCUGGUGAUAAUCUAAACCCUGAUGGAAUGACUGAUUGAUCGCCUGGUGAUGAUCUAAACCCUGAUGGAAUGACUGAUUGAUCGCCUGGUGACAAUCUAAACCCUGAUGGAAUGACUGAUUGAUCGCCUGGUGACAAUCUAAACCCUGAUGGAAUGACUGAUUGAUCGCCUGGUGAUAAUCUAAACCCUGAUGGAAUGACUGAUUGAUCGCCUGGUGAUAAUCUAAACCCUGAUGGAAUGACUGAUUGAUCGCCUGGUGAUAAUCUAAACCCUGAUGGAAUGACUGAUUGAUCGCCUGGUGACAAUCUAAACCCUGAUGGAAUGACUGAUUGAUCGCCUGGUGACAAUCUAAACCCUGAUGGAAUGACUGAUUGAUCGCCUGGUGAUAAUCUAAACCCUGAUGGAAUGACUGAUUGAUCGCCUGGUGAUAAUCUAAUCCCUGAUGGAAUGAUUGAUUGAUCGCCUGGUGACAAUCUAAACCCUGAUGGAAUGACUGACUGGUAGCCUGGUGGUCUGCAGCAGGACUCUCAUGCUACCUCAGCAGGUAUACUCUGCCCUACUGCAGAAAGUCAACUCUGACAUUUUGGACAUUACAGACACUGCAUGAAGACUAGUGUUGCAAAAUUCUGGUAAUUUUCCUCAAAUUCACCUCACCCAUCCAGUGUACUACUGGCUAAACCUACACAGUGUACUACUGGCUAAACCUACACAGUGUACUACUGGCUAAACCUACACAGUUUUCUUCUGGCUAAACCUACACAGUGUACUACUGGCUAAACCUACACAGUGUACUACUGGCUAAACCUACACAGUGUUCUUCUGGCUAAACCUACACAGUGUACUACUGGCUAAACAUACACAGUUUUCUUCUGGCUAAACCUACACAGUGUACUACUGGCUAAACCUACACAGUGUACUACUGGCUAAACCUACACAGUGUUCUUCUGGCUAAACCUACACAGUGUACUACUGGCUAAACAUACACAGUGUACUUCUGGCUAAACCUACUGCAUGUGGCUCUGGUGCAAAGUAGAUCACUUGCUAGAGAAUAGGGUGUAGUUUGGGCCUCGUCUCAGUUUGCAUCUUAGUCUCUGAAAUAAACCUAAAGAAGCGACCGAUCAUGGCCACCACAGCUCACACCUUGAUGGAGAAUCCAACUGUCUAAACAUGAAUGUGUCACGUCAUAUAUACACAUAUAUAUUUAUAUAUUCAACAAAUUGUCUUUUUUUUUGCACAUUGUGUGUAUAGUUACAUUCUAGUGUGUACUAUGUAAAUAUUGUAAAUACUAAAUAUAUAUGAAGUGUAUAUAUACAGUGCCAGUCAAAAGUUUGGACACACCAACUCAUUCAAGUGUUUUUCGUUAUUUUUUUUUUGCUAUUUUCUACAUUGAACAAUAAUAGUGAAGACAUCAAA